CACGCUAACACCACAUUAAUCUCACAGUAAACAUCAGAUAGAAGUGAAUGGUGUUUUGACUAGGGUAUCUUAAUCCACCUUUAUGUUUAGCUGCUUUCAUAAAGCCACGUCGUUUAACUUGGAUUAUACUGAUCAAGCAAGUCUGUCAACAGAUACAGUGGGUAAAGACCACAGAUAAGACGUGUGAUGGAUGAUGGACACAUGUUGGAUGACAGGUCCCUCCAGUUCUGGACACACAUACAGCGGUCAGGGAAUUGUUUGGACAGGUACAUACCGUUUCGUCGAAAGUUAAAUCAGGACAGCGUGUACUGCCGAAUGUUUGACUCACCCCGGGGGUCGGACUCUGGUCACGACCCUCCCAAGACUCGGGACACCCCAGCACGUGAAGCUGAUGCAACAGCUGUCUACAAACGACGACUGAGUGUCGCCCUGGAUCAAAGCCCACUUAGACGAGUCCUGUCAUUCUCUAAUUUAAGCCAAACGCUACAGCAGACGCUAAAUGGUUAUCAAGAUUGCCACCCACUUACUCCCAGCCCAUCGUCUGGGUUCGAAUCUCGCCAGGAACAAUGCCGUGACAUAGUCAGAGAUCCGGACAGGAUUCUGGCCAUUCCCAACAUUCGAGACGACUUCUACAGCAGCACCAUGGACUGGGGCGGCAACAACGCCAUCGCUCUGGCACUGGGCUCCACAACUUUUGUUUGGGACGCCGGGACCAACACGACCGGGACCCUGGGGCAGGGAGACCAGUGGGGUCACGUGUCUAGCGUCAGGUGGAGCAGGGACUCUCAUACUCUGGCCCAGGGCCGCUCACAGGGUCUGGUGGAAUUCUGGGAUUACGUCACGCUCCGACCCUGCGACACAGCCCGUCCGGUGGGGACAAAACAGAUCGGGUGUCUGGAGUGGAGGGGGCGGGUGCUGUAUUGUGGGUCAAGGGAUGGAAACAUCCACAUUGUGGAUACACGGGCGUCUGUGGGGAAACACACAACAGUCAGGGAUAAAUGUCAACGUUUUGAGGUAACCAGUCUCCAGCUCUCGCCAGAUGAGACGGUACUUGCUAGCGGAUCUGACGACGGAUACGUUCGCCUCUGGUGUACUCGAACCCACGCCCUACUGAGUGAAAUUGAUGCACACAUGUCUUCUAUUAAGGCGAUGGCGUGGUGCCCCUGGAGGUGCACCGUGCUGGCCACUGGGGGCGGGUGCAAUGAUGGAAAGGUCGUGCUGUGGAACCGUAACACCGGGCAAGCCAUGUCUGUCAGGGAAACUCGUGUGCAGACAUGCGCACUAUUAUGGUCUAGUGAAUACCGAGAGUUGGUGUCUAGCCAUGGCUAUCCAGACAACAACAUCCGGGUUUGGUCUGCCAAGGAUCAGGAACUCCACCAUUUUGCAACGCUCAGCUCGCACCAAGGGAGACCACUGCAUCUCGCACUUUCUCCCGAUAAAACUACUGUAGCAUCGGCAGGGGCAGAUGAAUCUCUGUGCAUUUGGAAACUUUUCCCAGUAAAAAGAAAUCGAGAAAUCAGUCACAGUCCUAUUAAUUUGUUUGGUAUCCGGUAGAUCCAGAUUCUAGAUCUUUGUUGAGGUGAUUCAGCAUUAAACUAUUUAAAAAGAAAUGCAUUUAAUUAUGCAGAUUGACGUUAUUUAAACUGUUUCGGAACAUUCCAGCUAGAUGAAGUUUUAAAAGUAUUUUUUUACAUGAUGUUUUGCCCCCCCCCCCCCAAUUUAUAAUUUUGUAACGAACUUGUUUUUCUAACUUUACUAAUGAUGUACACA